CGUUGGCAGAGAAGAGAAGGAGAAAAGCCUUUUUAAAUACACAAAAAAGAGAGAAAGAUAGAGAGACUGACAGCACCUCUCUCUCUCUCUCUCUCUCCUCCUCGAUCCCAAAUCCGCUAGGGAUUCUUAUUCGAUGCGAUCCUGAGCUCGUAGAUCGCCCUGAAGCUUCCGUUUCGAGGAUUUUUUUAAUCAUUCUUUUUCCUGGCUAUCAGGAAAGUUGAAAAAAGAUGGACCAUGACAAGACUGGAUGCCAAGCUCCCCCAGAAGGUCCUAUAUUGUGCAUCAACAACUGUGGAUUCUUUGGAAGUGCGGCUACCAUGAACAUGUGUUCUAAGUGCCACAAAGACAUGAUGCUGAAACAGGAGCAGGCACAGCUUGCAGCAUCAUCCAUUGGGAAUAUUAUGAAUGGGUCAUCAAGCGGCCUUGGAAUUGAACCUGCCAUUGCUACCAAUGUGGAUGUCUCAGUCAAUUUGAUAGAACCUAAAACUAUCCCUGCACAACCUUUAGUUGCUUCAGGUUCAGAGGAGAGUGACGAGGUGAAGCCCAAGGAUGGUCCAAAACGAUGCAGCAACUGCAAUAAGCGGGUUGGUUUAACAGGAUUUAAUUGUCGAUGUGGUAACCUUUUCUGUGCCACACAUCGCUACUCAGACAAGCAUAAUUGCCCAUUUGAUUAUCGCACUGCUGCACGGGAUGCCAUAGCUAAAGCAAAUCCGGUUGUCAAGGCUGAGAAACUUGAUAAAAUCUAGAUUUGGUGCCUAAAGUUUCAUGCCCUGAGAUGCUGUUAUGAUCAAUGUCGUCAUCAUGAGAUGAUCCGAGUUUCCUGCAUAUUUUAAUGGUAUUCUUAUUAUAUUGUUAUAUGUGAUGGGGGACUUGGGAGUUAUAGGACAUCCUUGCAGUUUGAAAAGGACUGUAUUUCAUGUGAUUGGCAAAAUAUACGUCCUAGUGUUUUAAUUUUAAGUAUUUAAAUCCCUGCUGGUUUGGUCGAAGUUGGUGUUGUUGGCAUUGUAGUGCAUCUAUUCUGUUCCUUAUCUCCUCCGUAUUCGCACAUGUCAGAAUGGUAUGUGCAAUUUACAGAUGAUUUCUGGAGCAUUCAUGGACAAUUGGACAUGUGGUUAGAUUGUAAAUUAUUAUGGUUUCUUGGUUAUCUGCGAAUUUAUCUCGGUAACAAUGUGUUGAAAUUGUUUGGGCUCA